UAUAUCUUGUGUAUUAGAAAAAUAAAUUAUUUGAAAGAUGAAACUUCUGCCUCUCAUAUCGUUCUUGCUCAUUCUUCCAUUGUGCUCUAUAAAGUUUGGAGAGAGUCAUGGAGAUGGAGUUCUUCACACCGUCCAAGAUUCAGUAAAUUUGGUUGAAGAAAGAAUCCCAAAAAUGAUGGAUUAUCCAGAAAAAAACUCAAACCCAAGCCACGAUAAGAAAACAAACGGUUGGGGUCGUCCUGUGAGACCACCGCCACCGCAGAUGAACUAUAUGGAUCAUCAGAAAAUAAACGGUUGGGGUCGUCCUGUGCGACCACCGCCACCACAGAUGAUUUAUAAGAAUCAUCAGACAAUCAACAGUUGGAGUAUUCCACCGCCACCAAAUCAUGAGACAACCAACAGUUGGAGUAUUCCACCACCACCGAAUCAUCAAAGAAUCAAUGGUUGGGGUCGUCCUGUCCGACCACCACCACCAAUUCAUCAGAGAAUCAACGGUUGGGGUCAUCCUGUGCGUCCACCACCGCCGCAGAUGAACUACAAAAAUUAUGAUAAUGAAGCAAAGAUUUAAAAGUAUGAUAACUAUAUGCUAUGUGUAACUGUCAAAAUAAUCAAACUAAGUAAACACAAUGCUACAAUAA